CAGAAUCACACUGGUAUUCAAAUGCAAACUGCCUCCAAACAGUUGCCAAAUGUUCCAAAUGACCAGGACCCUGGAGUUAUGAUUUGUGUUCUUCCGAGCGUUCAAAGCAAGCUGCAUUCUAACUGCCUCAGAACUCCAAGGAGCAGUUGCUACGGUGCUCAGACCAGCUUCACUCUUUCCAGGUCCUCUCCUAGAUCAGACGCUGGAAGAGAAAGACCUGGAAAAAGCCCUCGCUCUGGAAAAAGACUGGUUGAAGAACUGAUUCACGCAGCAUGCCUUCUAUCGCCAGCCUUCCCAGCACUAAAGCGGAUCUUCCACCCCAGGCGCAUGUUGGGUCCUUCCCAGUCCGCCUCUUGUGCAGGGUGUCCUGCGUGCAACUAGCUGCCUUUCUCCUGGCUGUCCUGGGCUGCCUAAUGAGCAUCUGCUCCACAUCUGCCAACCUUGACUGGAGAGUGUGGCAAGUAGACAAAAUCAUGGGCAGCAACCAGCAGGGCGUUGUGGGCAUUGGGAUCUGGGGUGCCUGUUCUGUCAGAAGAGUUACUAUGAAGAAAACUAACAUGAUAUGUAUACCAUUGAACAAUGAGGAGUCCCUGCCAGCUGAAAUCAUCGUGGCCCAGGACUUGAUGCCAAUGGCCUCAGUGGCCAAUGCGGUGACUGUUCUUUGGAUGGCCUUUGCUCUGUGCAACAUCUUUGAGCCGGGAAAAGACGAGAAUUUCAUCAAUACCUUCUUUUCAAUUGGAGCAAGGAUAGAGUUGGCAGCGGGUACUUGUGUACUGAUUUCCAUUUCAUGGAAUCUUCACUCUAUAUUAACAAACUAUGGAAUUCCGCUUCCUGAGGUUUUGGGAGUGCCUCCGAUUCCCACAGAACAACGUGCUGGAAUGGCCAUCUAUAUUGGGUUUCUUGCUGCAGCUUUGCAGCUUUUAAGCGGAACUCUGGUUCUGGGUGAAAAAUAUUUUUGGAAAAUGAGUGGAAUAAACACUUCCAAGCCAAAAUUUGUACAUGACCCAAAAAGUGUUACAGACACCGAAAACCCAAAGCUGAGGAUGAAAUACAGACAGUACUUCUCUUUUGUGACACUGGAAUGUGAAGAAGAAAAAACCCCUACCUGGCGGAGAUAUCAAAGUCAUAUUAAAACGGAAACCAUGCCAGGCUCGCUAGCAAUAUGGCUAACGAAUGGUUCCCGUCCUGUGACUAGCUUUUUUUAAAUGGAAGCACGGGACGUUGUGUAUAUUUAUUUUCUUAUGCAUAUUCUGUUGUGUGUUUUUUUUAACUGAAUGCUUCUGGGAUGCUUACGACAUAGGGUUAACUAUAAAUAGGGGCAAUAAAUGAAAAGUAUAAAACUGUUAUAUUUACCUGUAUUUUAUGCUAUAUCUCCGUUAGCAAUACAAAGAAUGUUAUCUCAUUGCAAACUUACGCUGGAGUGCUUUUUUUGCUGCAGACACUACUGUCUAUGGUGCUUUUCGAAUUUCCUACAUUUCAGAAACACUGCAAAUUG